AUGCCGACUGAGGCUGAAGACCCUGCAUCCUACGUUAAUCAUGAUCCGUCAAAAGCGGAGCCGGAUAAAGUGAUUGGUCCAGAGAAGAGAUAUGGCCUCGAAGAAGUCAAGGCCCCCUUCUCACAAUCAUCAGACCGAGAUCUGUCCCAGCCACAGCCCAUGGUAUCCAACAUUGAUUUUCAGCGGGGGCUUGUAGAGAGCCGCAGAGCAUAUGACAAUCGCGUUCUUGUUCAGCCUAAUGGUUGCACUGCAGUCGACCAGCAGAUCAUAUCGGCACUGUGGGAAAAAUACACCCCUUCCAUCAGCAGCGCUCAAGGUGGAACACCCUGCGUCUGGCUCCACCACAUAAUCAGUCUUCCAACUCGCGCGGUACCGCUGGAUCUGUCUCUCAAGGCUUUUGCGAUGACCCGAAUUGGCUGGAUCAACAAAGAUGAGUCGCUGGUUCUGCAAGGUAACCUGUGUUACGGCCGUGCCCUGAAUGCGGUUCAAAAACAUCUAUCAUCAGAGGCUCUGAUGUGGCAGGACGAGUUGUUUGCUGCUAGUUAUGUCUUGUCGAUCUACGAGCUAUUCGAAUCAACUACUCCAUCAAUAGCCGGGUGGAACAGCCACAUAUCUGGUCUCAAGCACCUGGUCCUUAUGCGAGGUCCACAGAGACAUAUGACGCCAUUCACAAGAGCUGUUCUUGAAGAGUUUCGUACCUCAUCGAUGAUCCAAUGCAUACAAUACCGCAGGUCAACGUUCCUUGGGAGCCCAGAAUGGUUGACGCUGCCCUGGAGCGAGACCGGCAAAGACAUCUUCCAGCAGCUCUACGACAAAGGCUUCGCGCUAGCGGCUCUGCUAGAGGGAAUCGACAAUGCAAGAGUCACGGAUGAGAAUACCAACUUCUCAAUCUUGUCCGAGUACUUGGGAGGUCUCUCUGGCUUGGAUGAAGAACUAAACCUUUGGUACGGCGAGAUUCUCCAAGAGUCUCCGUUGCCCCUCUACUGGUCUACUCAAUCCACAUCUCCCGGCUGGCAUCUGAAACAAGCUGUAGGACCUCGCACACUCCCAUCCUUCGCGUUCCAUACGCUCCGUCUCGCCAAUAUAACUGUCACAUACUGGGGCUUAAGACUCAUCCUCAGCAAUACCAUCGCCCUCGCAUGCCGGCAAGUACUAUCAAUCAACAUCCAAUUACCCACCCAAUCAUCAUCCUCUACCCCGCCCCAAGCAACUCAAAACCUUAAGACCAUGUCCCUCCACCUCCUCGAAGCUCACACCACGGCUUACCGCCUAGAGCUCGCUACCAACAUUAUCCGCUCAAUGCCCUAUUGUCUGAACGACAAGAUGGGCCUCAUGGGCGCCCAAAAAAGCCUGUUUGCAUUGCGGACCGCUCUCUUCGUACUACAGCGUUAUCCAGGCCAGGAGUUGAAGUGGUGCCAGGCCAUGUAUCAGGAGUUGGACGGUAAGAAAGGGUUGAGAUAUGCGAGGGAGAUUGCGAAACUAGAAGGGAAACACAGCGCUGCUAGUAGAGAUGAUUUACCAAUUAUAGCAUCUCAUCGGCGAGAUUCAGAAGGGCCUUGA